GACUCCUCCAACUUGCUCAGCCAUAGUCCAGGACCCAUCAACCAAGAGCCCUAUUUAUGUCAACCCUACGGCUGCCCAACUAUACAAGCACAAGCCAACGCCAUGCAGGCGGCCCGCGGAACAGGUCUGGCCGAUUGUCUCCGUCAGACGAUGACAAAGUUACGGCGUCAUGAGGAUGAGUUGCGUGAAGACGAAGCGGACUUUCAAGGUGUCGGAAAGACUGAGAACGCCAGAGAAGACUGGAAAGCAAUUGCAGAACAAGGGGACGAGACAACCACUGAUACUAACUACAGUCGAGUUGCUAAGGUGCGUGGAGAAGAGGCGCGUGAGUGGCAGGAGCGUGGACGCUCUGGGAUCCCGGGUGGUCCGUACGCAACGGAUAAAAGAUCUUGUAAUUUCACUUUUAAUUAG